AGAGAGAGAGAGAGAGAGAAAGAGAGAGGGUGAGAGAGAGAGAGAGAGAGAGAGAGAGGGAGUGAGAGAAAGAGAGAGAGAGAGAGGGUGAGAGAGAGAGAAAGAGAGAGGGUGAGAGAGAGCGCGCGCGCAUCAUCGUCAUCAUCCGGUUGAGGACAAAGACACAGAAAUGGGUCACAGGAGCGGCUGAAUCGCGCUCGGAUCUCAUGGACUGUAAGGAAUAUUCACUUUUCUCCAUCGAGCCAUGUGCAUCAUCACCUCUUCUCCGCCUCGACUCAUGUGGGCCUCCGUCCUGCUGGCGUGCGUCCUGCUACACACCUGCAGCGGCGCGUCAGACACCGAUAAAGAGACGUGCUACUCCAGACAGCAUCGAGAUGUCAUCGUUGAUGUACGUUUUGCGCUGGCCAAUAAUGGGACCAUCAUGAGCCCUCGAGAGGAGCCGUCAGAGAAAGACUGUAUCCUGUCGUGCUGUUCUGAAGACGUGACUCCAGGUGUGAAAUGUAACCUGGUUGUGUAUAAGCCUCCAGAACACUCUAGCGGUGAGAACUGCAUCUUCUUUCACUGUCCCAGCGAGCAGGACUGUCCUCUCAUGACGGCUAAAGCUGGAAUCAACACCUACAACAUAUUCAAGGGUUUGACUCAUCCAACAACUAAAGUAAAUGGCAGAACAACAGCCAAAUUAACAACAACCACAACAACCACAACAACUCCUACAACAACAACCACAACAACACCUACAACAUCAACAACAACAAAACCAACAACACCUAGAACAACAACAACAACUACAACACCACCAUCAACGACACAAACAACAACAACAACAACCCUGAUAACACCAGCAACAACAACCACCACAAACACCCCAGAAAGCACCGAAGGAACAUUCACUGAGUCAGCCAUUAUAUUGGUAACCAUGACGAUGACCCCACCCACUACCACAACAACAACAACCACAACCCAGUCCACCUCUAGAACCACCACAACACCUUCUACAACAACAAGAAGUACAAGCACCACCAGCACGAAGGCCCCACGCGCCCCUGUGCAUCCUCCUGUCAAACCCAGCCGACCCAAAAAACCCAGCAAGCCCUUGAGGGGACCAGAACCACAUGUGGUCAAACCCGUCCGAGUGACAAAACUGCCUACGACACAACCGAUCACCACGACUACCACACAGAAAACGACAACGACGACAACGGUACCCACGACAACCACCACGACAACGGUACCCACGACGACCACCACAACAACGGUUCCCACGACGACCACCAUGACAACGGUUCCCACGACGACCACCACAACAACGGUACCCAUGACGACAGCACCUGCCGCCACCGAGCGCACAACUGUAGCGGUGCUUGAAAUUGAGAAUGAUUCCAAGGAAAGAUCUCUGGAUCGGGAUUCUCUGGGGCCUCCUGUGCUCGGCUCUGCUCCAGGGAAGCCCAAAGUGUCCCGGAUGAUGUGGAAGAACAGUCUGGUGACCAUCGUGGUGAUCACUUUGGUCUUCCUCGUUCUCAUUCUGGCUUUGGUGGCUCGUAAAGCGAUGGAGUCCUUCGACAGACGCCACUAUACGAGACUGGAACUCAACGACCUUCAUUAUGAAAUAUAAAAAUCAACACGAGGGACGAUCCGAGCGGUUCUUCUUUGGGGAGACACGUUUUCCGCCAAAUUACUGGAGGAAAUGUCGGGUGUUUGAAUUACAGUCAGACUACCGUCAGAGAGAAUAAAGAAGAAUAAAAAGCAAUACAUUGAACUCAGGAAGCAGCAGAUGCUGGAAUCAAAGGGGAAAUAUUCAAUGAUGUUUCUGAUAUGAAGGAUUGUAAGAAGUGUGUGUGUGUGUGUGUGUGUGUGUGUGUGUGUGUGUGUGUGUGUUAGUGUGUAUGUGUGUGCAGAAUGAAAGAGGACUUCAUUGAGAUUCAUCUCAUUCAACACUGUAAAUAAGGUUGUCAUGGUUGUCAUGGUAAUUCAGUGUGUUUAUUUGUGCUUCACUCUUCACAGCUUUUGCACAGUCCAGCUCUCACUGAUGGACGUUUGAUUUAAAGACACCGUAUGAUCUUACGUGUUUCACAGUUUCACACCUGUAGUUGUACGAGUGACGCUGUACGUGAACAUGUGUAUCAGCAGAAGAUUGAAGAUUAUAUUCAUGCUGUAGUUGUUUUUCCUCACAUGUGUGUGUUUAUUGUUGAACAUUGAUCAGCCGCAUGAACUCGUUAAUCUAAAAUAUUCAUUCAGUUACUUUCUCUUGAACGGCUUCGGUAUUUUCUUCUGUUAUUAUCAGUUAUUGGGAAGUUUUGAGCUGCGGCUUUUACAGACAAUUUGAGAUUCUUGUGAUUUAUUUAUUUUUUGUCUUGCAAGAAAUAAAAACGAGUCUUUUUAAACAUUUAUAAAGAUUUGUUAUAAAAUA